CUGCGGCGCCCGGGAAUGGCGGCGGUUUUGGAGCUGCUGCUGAGCGAGGAGGUGGCGGUCGGCGCCGUGGUGCGGUGGCUGCGGCGCGCGCCGGGACAGCGCCCGGCUGAGGAGAAUCACAUCCAUGACAAGCUGGUAUCGUUCAGUUUGCUUCAGAAGGACUUUGUGCCUUUUCUGCUGAAUUUUUUAAGGGAGCAGACCAGCCAGAUACUGACUAAUGGACCCUCCACUCCUGCUAAAACUCCCAAUUCCAAGGCCCACAGGAGCCAAAGGACAGGACCAGAAAGGAGAGCAGGCCAUGCGACUAGCAGCCGAGUGCAGCUCUUUUCCCAAAGGACUUCGGUGACUUCCUGCACCACAGACACCAGCUUUUCCCCCGCUGCUGCAUCCAGUUGUUCCUCUUCCUAUUCUGGGUCAAACCUGUCAAGCCCUUGCAGUGACUUCCCCAGCGUGGUGUCCAGUAGCAGCCCGAGCUUUGGGUACAGCCCUGUGCUCACCCACAGCGAGAAGCGUUCGGCUCAGAAAGCCAACCUGGGGAGCUUCCUCGCUGCUGCACCAGAGGCCUUGCCAGCAAGGCGGGGCAGGAGGAAGGGCAGCAGCUCUAUCAGUGCCUCUGGACGGCAGGUUGCUCGGGACCUGGGGCGUUCCUUGGCCGAAGAGGAGGAUGGAAAGAAUGAAAGUGCAUCGUGGAGUGGAGGGAGAAGGAAGCGGAGCGAAGUGCCUCUUGUUGCUGCUAGAACCCCUCCCAGCCAGCUGAAUCUUAACAACCUAGAGGAGUUCCCGCCCAUGGGUACCGCCUCUGGCUGGACAAACAAAAGCAAGCCAUCAAGGCGAAUCAACCCAACUCCUGUGAGUGCUGAACGCCCUCUUUCAAAGCCAAAGAUGUGCUUCACUUCAACGCCUGUCAGCCAGUCUCCAGCUGCUCGAUUUUCAGCGGGAUCAAGCUCUGAGGCCUUUACCACUGUACAAGAGGGAAGCCCAACUUCUGUGAUAAGUAGCAGCCUUCAAGAGGAAAGGGAGAUGCUGAAGAAAGAACGAUGCAAGUUGCUGCACCAGACAUCUUCUCCUGCAGGGAUAUCUCCUGAUCCUGGGACUCCUACUAAGCCCACUUACACUCGCAGUGCUAGCCUUCCUGCUGAAAGCCAUCUGGUGACCUGCGCAGAUCCUGCAAAGGUUUCCUGCAAGAAACAGUUGGAGUGUCUGGCACAGCUCUACUCAUCAUGUAUAGCAGAAAACCUGGUACCAAAUAUUUUCCUGGAGGUUUUUUUUGUUCUGCAACUGCUAACAUCUAAAGGAACUUCUGCUUCAGAGGAAGAAGAGAGUGACCUUGAAGUCAAUGAAGGAAGUAAAGAUGCAUCAGGGAGGCAGCACUUUCGAAGUGUGCACAAUUGCGUGUACUUCGCUGUUCAGGUCUUGGAUUAUCAAUAUGAAAUUAUUUCCCAUUUAGAAAAGGGGACGCUGAAGUUCUUGGCAGAAAAUGAACGGAUUGCAGCUUUUUCUCCCACCCUGCAUGAGAGGCUCAAACAGGCGUAUGAAAGCAGCACUGCCAAGGUGUCUCUGCUGCUGCCAUGCUCUGUGCAAUCUGUUUCUUUCCAGCCAGAAACUGACAAUCGUUCUAACUUUCCCAGUGACAGAGCAUUUCACAUAUUUAAGAAACAAAGGGAUAUCUUUUAUGAACUGCUGCGUGAGUGGGAGGAUAACCAUGAAAAACCUGGUUGGGACUUUGAAAGAGUUCUGGGCAGCAAGAUCAGGGCCAUGAUGGCUCACCUGUCUGCAACCUGCAACCACAGCCAUUUUGCCAGGCUCUUUCAGAAGCAGCUCACCCAGAUGUGUAAAGAUCCUAUUGGUGGUGGUGUGAGCUGGGGCGACACUCCAGACCAGGAUGUCCUUAAUAUGCUGGGUCCUGAUAAUCUGAGCCGUCUGAAGAGGUUGCAGGAAAGAUUUGUUGUUCCUCAGAGCAUCAGGGGACCUUGCCCACCCCCUUCAUUCCCAGGGUGCCAGCAGUUCUUCAGGGACUUCAUCCUCAGCGCAGGAAGUUACCAGUUCAAUCAGCACCUGGUCGAUAGCCUGUGCCUGAAGAUACUUGAGCUAGAUGGCCUUACUCUGGUGGAGCAUGAGCACAGUGAUGGGGAAACAGAUAUGGAUGAACAGGAUGAAAAGAAGCGUUUCACUGUGGUACUGUUAAGCUUGAGACUCCUUGCCAAGUUCCUGGGCUUUCUUGUAUUCUUGCCGUAUCGCACUGUGGAACAACCAACUAGAGACCUGCAAGACACUGCGGUAGCAUUGAGGAACCAAACUUUGCCUGUGCUGGACAUAUUGAAGCUUCUGAGACGAUCCAUUCGGAAUCAGCGUUCUGUCCUCACUAUUCCUUGGAUUGUGGAGUUUCUUUCUCUUGUGGAUCAUAUUGCUCCUUUCCUUGAUUACUAUAGGAAGGUAUUUUGUCUUUUGCUGCAGGUAUACAGGCUAAUGGUCCUUUCUGAAGACAAAGAGAUGAGUUUCCUGAACAAACUGCUGAUCCUUGCAGUUCUGGGUUGGCUUUUUCAGGUUCCAUCGGUCCCUGAAGAAUUGUUUUUUGCCACAGAUGUCAGGCAGGAGGGAUUGGUGAUGGAUAUUGUGACAUCUGCUCAGGCUUUGGACUCUGUCCCCUUGGUGGAUCAGCAGUUACUUUAUACCUGCUGCCCCUACCUUGGAGAGCUGCGGAAACUACUUGCCUCUUUUGUGGCUGGUAGUGGAGUAAAAAAUGGUGGCUUUAUAAGGAAAAUCACUCCAACAGCUGCAGAGUCCUUGGCACCAAAGACUUCCAUUACACAACGGAAACUGCAGGUAGAGCUGGAACAGGCCUUCUUCCACAACCAGCCUCCCUCUCUGCGGAGAACAGUUGAGUUUGUGGCAGAGAGAGUGGGAUCAAACUGUGUUAAGCACAUCAAGGCGACAUUGGUAGCAGAGCUGGUUCAAAGGGCUGAAGUCAUGUUGCAGGAUAAAGUGAAGGAGGAGGAUGCUAAUCAUGAUAAGCUGCUUGAAGAGGUGUGCGCUCAUCUGUAUGAUGAAGGAGCCCAGGCACUUAUCAAAGGCAGAGAAUUUUGCAAAAAGAAAGGUCCUGAGGCGGUAAGGGUCUUAUUGCCCGAAGAAACAUCUGCAGCAGUUUUGAGCAGUGCAGAAGACAUUGCAGUGGAGCUGGCUACUGAGAAGGCCUGUGGCUGGCUUUCUGCUAACAUUGCAGCACUGAUUAAAAGAGAAGUGAAGGCAACAUUCAACAGAAUGCUGAAAGUCCCAGGACUUCCCUUGCCCAAUGAGGAUCCUGUGGAGUUGAGAAGGGACUGCUCCCCGGGCUGUCUGCACCGUGUGCCAUUUCCCUCUCAAAUAAUCAAUGAGAUUAAGGAUGUGCUCUGCAUUGCUGUGGGCCCACGAGAUGAAGGGGAAGUGAUUGAUGUUGGCUGGCUGGAGUGCUUGCUGGGUCGACUGAGUCAGACGCUUCGGUGCAGAAAGUUCAUGUGUCCCACAUCAGAACAGCAGCUGGCAAAGUGCACGGUUGAGUUGGCUUCUUUGCUGGUUUCAGGUCGUGUUCCUCUUAGUCUUGGGAUCAAGCCCCCAGAGGAGAGCUCCGAGAGGCUCCGAGUGAAGAAUAAUCCCACAUACGACCUUCUGAAACUGCUGCUUUCUGUCUGGAAGGAGGACUUUGGGACACCUGUUCCUGUGCAGCUGAUGUUCAGCAGGAAGAACAUUGGCUAUCUUGCAGAAGUGAAGCAGCAAGAGUGGGAUUUGUUCCAUUUCAUCCUUCAUGGUCUUGUAGAAUAUGAUCUAAUGCGGACCAGUGAAAUAGAGAGUUGCUUGCGUAGCCUUGAAGAGUUCCCUUGGCCCUCAGAUUUCUUAAAAGCUCUGGGCAGCAUUUCCAGUUUAUUUCUAUCGGAGCAUCUUAUGGAAGAGCCCAGGAGUAACCCCUGUGACCUGACCAGACAAUCUCUAGGUACCGUGACAGCACAAAGUUAGUGGAGAUGGACUCUCUGAGGAUAGAAAUUACUAAUGAAGAUGCAGGUGGAAUUUUUAGUGUUUCUGAAUGCACUGUGAGGUCCUUGCUGGGAAAAUAUUGCAUGUAGGAGGUCUCUAUGUGCGAAACCAGCACUGGUCUUUCUGUUUGUGGAUGUGUUGCACUGGUGACUGCUGAAGGAUUCGUAUCAGCAAAUAGAUCACCAAGUCAGAAGUUCUUUAAGCACCUUGAUCAUUGCUCAGAGCAGCUGUUUUUUCAGACUCAUGAACACUUUUGUGUUUGUACAGUAACAGACUGUGGUCAAACCAGGAAUCAAGUUGAAUGGACAAGUCUCUCUGUGAAGCAGGGGGAUUGCUUCCUGGUGACUGGCUCAUCUCUGAACUUAAUGCGGUUUCUUGCCAGGGGAGGGAAAAGGUAACCUGUUCUGCAAGAUGAGCCCGUAUUUAUUUUUCACUGUGAGCUCAAUUUCGAAUAUUUGAUUUUAAUGUUUUUAAGACUCAUUUUAGAAGUUAAAACAUAUUAAAUAUAUAUACACCAGAAAA